AUGAGUGAUGCCCAAGCUCCUCCGACGCAAUUCAAUCCAUUUCCGAGGGAUAGUUCUUUUAUUUCUCCGACUAUUUCGGCAUUGUCAUUACAAUCUGAACCGAAAAUAAAAGGUCGAUAUCUGCAACAAUAUGGACCAUUUGGUGUACUUGUAGUACUGUUACUGGUCAUUUUAAUUAUCGUUGCAAUUAUUGUUUCUCGAACGUCAUCUUAUUCAGCAGCACCUAUUGCAAUAACACCAAUACAGCAUGCUAAUAGAUCAGUAGAGAAGAAUGAUUCAUUAGUAGCGUCAAUUGAGCUAGAGAAUAUGCUUGUUCAUCUUCGUCAAUUAACAAGUCGUGCAAUAGGAACAGUGGCAUUCAAUCAAACCAUGGAUUAUCUUACAGGACAACUGAAUAAAGAAAGUAGUUUGAUCGUUCAAAAAUAUUACUUCUCUGUGCCUCGCUCAGAACUUGCUGGUCGUCCAAUACUUAUGGCUUUACCAAACACAUCGAAUGCAUCACUAUUCCAGUAUCCCAGAGAUUUCGUUUCCAUGGAUCUUUCAAAAGAAGCACGCAACUGGUCAUUGCUUGACGGACGACCGUUAUCCGUUGUUUCUCGUCUAGGUUGUCUCAUAGAAGAUUGGAAUGCAAUUAAAGAAGGUGAUGUAGCUCUAGUUAGAAGAGGUAUUUGCACAUUUGUUGAAAAAGUUCUCUUUGGAAUGAGCAAACGUGCUAGUGCCGUACUGAUUUACAAUGAUGGACUGACUAUGGAUCGUUUCGAACCAUUGAAUGGAACACGGGCACCGAGAAAUAAUACUAUACCAGCCUUAUUUCUAUCGUACAGAGCAGGCAUGCGACUUAUUCUAGAGAAUACCACCCGAGUUUACCUGAAAUUGGAAUAUCGAGAACUUCCACCUUCUAUUGUAACCAAUGUAUGUGCCGAUACAAAACUAGGCAAUCCGAAUCAUACUAUUGUUGUUGGUAGUCAUAGUGAUAGCGUUGCGGCAGGUCCUGGUUUGAAUGACAAUGGUAGUGGAUUUGCAGCAACAUUAGCAAUUGCACUGAAUUUAGCACGUUUAUUGACUUAUACAAACUAUGGGUUGACUAUGCAUUCUCGUAUAAAAUUCUGUUGGUGGGGCGGAGAAGAAGCCGGUUUAUUAGGUUCAAAAAAUUUCGUCAAACGAGCUAAAGCCGAUGGUUCACUUAGUGCAUAUUCUGUAAACCUGAAUUUUGAUAUGUUAGCAUCACCGAACUUUAUCUUUGGAGUUUAUGAUGGUAAAACAGCUAAUAAUCAAACGACUCCAGUGCGUGCAUUACCUGGUAGUAACCGAAUUACACGUUUAUUUACAGAAUAUUUUGAUCAAAAUCAUCUACCAUGGGACUAUACAGAAUUCAGUGGUCGAAGUGAUUAUGGUCCGUUUCUUGCUGAAGGUAUAGCAUGUGGCGGCCUAUUCUCAGGUGCGGACGAUGUUAGAACUGAAGAGCAACGUGAUCGGUACUCAAAUAUGUUAGGCCCGGCGUUUAAAGGAAUGGCCAAUGCCGACCUUGAUCCAUGCUAUCAUCAAAAAUGUGAUACAUUAGAAAAUUUAAAUACUUUCGCUUACCUUCAUAUGGUUAAAGCAGCUGCUCAUGCAAUUGAAUAUCUAGGCAAAAGUGAAAAAGCAAAACAAUUUGCAUAA